CCGGCCAUGGCGCUCUGGUUGCUGCUGGCCGCCCUGGCCGCCCUGGCGCUGGGGCAGCGGCUGCUGUGGCCGCACCUCUGGGCCGACCUGGGCUUCGCGGCGCGGGCGGCGCGGUGCCGGCGGCGGGCGGGGAGCGGGGGACCGGGCACUUUGGCCGCCCGGUUCCUACGGAGGGCGCGGGAGGCUCCGGGCCGACCCUUCCUGCGGGCUGCGGGGGGCGCGGAGCCCUACGGGCGGGCGGCGCGGCGGGUGGCGCGGGUGGCCAACGCGCUGCGGGGGCGGCCCCUGAACGGCGGGGACGGGGGGGAGUUGGGUCCCGGCGUGACCGUGGGGCUUUUGGUGGGCAACGAACCGCGUUUCGUCUGGGGGUGGUUGGGGCUGGCGGCGCUGGGGGCCCGACCCGCCUUCCUGGGCACGGCGCUGCGUCCCGCCGCGCUCCGGCACUGCCUGCGGUCCUGCGGGGCGCGGGGGCUGCUGGUGGCGGACGACCUGUUUGGGUCAGUGGAGCCCAUCCUGCCCAGCCUGCAGGAGGACGGCAUCGUGGUGUGGGUGCUGGGCUCGGGGCCGUACCCCCCUGGCGUCGUGGCCCUGCAGGAGCUGCUGGAUGCGGCCUCCGAGGAGCUGGAGCCCGAGGACGUCUGGCAGCCCGAGGACAUGAACGACACGUGCCUCUACAUCUUCACCUCCGGCACCACGGGUCUCCCCAAAGCCGCCCGCGUCUCCCACCUCAAGUCCAUCAUGUGCCUGGGCUUCUACGAGCUGGUGGGAGCCUCCAGCCGGGACGUGGUGUACCUGGCGCUGCCCCUCUACCACAUGGCCGGGUCCCUCCUGGGCAUCGUUGGCUGCAUCGGCAUCGGAGCCACUUGUGUGCUGAAGGAGAAGUUCUCAGCCAGCCAGUUUUGGGAUGACUGUCGCGCUGAGGGCGUCACCGUCUUCCAGUACAUCGGGGAGCUCUGCCGCUACCUGGUCAACCAGCCCUUGCGCCCCGGGGAGCGGGAGCACGGGCUGCGGCUGGCGGUGGGCAGCGGGCUGCGCCCCGACGUCUGGCGGAGCUUCCUGCAGCGUUUCGGGACCAUCCGCAUCGUGGAGACCUACGGGAUGACCGAGGGCAACGUCACCCUCUUCAACUACACGGGGACGCCGGGGGCCGUGGGGCGCAGCAGCUUCAUCUACAAGCUCUUCUCGCCCUUCGAGAUCGUGCGCUACGACGUGACGGAGGGAGCCCCGGUGCGGGACGCGGCUGGACGCUGCAUCCGUGUGGGGACGGGUGAGACGGGGCUGCUGAUCGCCCCGGUGACCCCCCGGACCCCCUUCCUGGGCUACGCCGGCAGCCGGGAGCUGUCGGAGCAGAAGCUGCUGCGGGGGGUCUUCACCGAGGGUGACACCUACUUCAGCACCGGCGACCUGAUGGAGCAGGAUGCGGCCCAGUUCGUCCGCUUCCGUGACCGCACCGGGGACACUUACAGAUGGAAAGGUGAGAACGUGGCCACCACAGAGGUGGCCGAAGCCUUGGUGGCCCACGAAUCCCUACAAGAAGCCACCGUAUACGGUGUCACCGUGCCAGGCCACGAGGGUCGUGCCGGGAUGGCGGCGCUGGUGCUGCGUCCUGGCUGCCGGCUGGACGGGCCAGCGCUUUACCGGCACGUUGAGCAGCUCCUGCCGCCCUACGCGCGGCCCCGCUUCCUCCGGCUGCAGGAGCGCCUGGCGAUGACCGAGACCUUCAAGCAGCAGAAGGUGCGGCUGGCGCAGGAGGGCUUCGACCCGGCUCGCGUCCCCGACCCCCUCUUCCUGCUGGACGAGCCCACCCAGGCCUACGUGCCCCUCGGCCCCGCGCUCUGGCGGGACGUCCUGGACGGGCGCCGACGCAUUUAGACCGAGCGCAGGUGCCCCCCGCCCCGAGCCCGUGGGUGUCCUGGCACUGGGUGCCCCAAAGUGCCCACCCCCCCACCCCCGGUGUCCGUCCCACCAGCACCAGGUGCCCCACGGGUUCCCCCCCCCCCACGUCCGUCCCUGGGUACCCCCACAUCUGUCCUGUGGGUCCCCACAUCUGUCCUGCCAUCCCUGGACACCCCCCCCCCCCCAUCUGUCUGGCGGGUCCCUGUGUCUGUCCCACUGUCCCCAGGUGCCCCCCCGGACCCCCAUGGCCCUGCCCACCCCCCCCCCAACU